UCUGUACCUUUCAGAUGAUGCAGGGGAAUUCAGUUAUCGUGGCAUACAGACAGUCUCCAGAGGGUGCUGAGGGCAAGGAUGCAGCAAAAAUAACUAAACAAGAGCCCACAAGACGAUCGGCAAGAUUGUCAGCUAAACCUGUUCCACCAAAACCUGAACCCAAACCAAGGAAAACCACAAAGAAGGAACCUGGAACAAAGGCUAACAAAGGUGCUAAAGGAAAGAAGGAUGAAAAACAAGAAGCUGCAAAGGAAGGUACUACACCAUCUGAAAAUGGUGAAAAUAAAGCUGAAGAGAUUCGCAUCUCUCGCUCAACUGUUAGUGUUUCAACAUCCAGAGGUGCCCCACCCAGCACACUGUCAGUAAAAGGGCAGAUUGAAACAGUGAAAGUUAAGGGCACAGAGAACUGAAUCUGUAGGUGACAAGAGCGAAUGAAUUGUCAUGAAAAUUUUGGGUUGAUUUUAUGUACCUCUUGGACAACUUUUAAAAGAUAUUUUUAUCAAGUAUUUUGUAAAUGCUAAUUUUUUUAGGACAAUGAUAGUUGACAUACUAAACUGUAUAGGAACAUAUCCCUUCUCAUAACCAUGCUCUUAGAAAUUCCCAUUGCUGCCAAGUAAUAUAAAUAUCAAUUUAGCGUUGGAAGAUGUGUGUCAAAUUGGAUCAGCAUUCCAUACACUUGCUUUAAGAAAUUAAGUCUUGUGCAUAUGGUGAUGGUUUUUACUGUGUGUAUUUGAAUUUUUCAUGCAGUUUUUCUAGAGCAAUAAUCAGUGGUGCUUUUGUACUUAGGGUUUAUGUGAUUUUAAUGAAACAUGGAUAGAUGUGGCCACCUGCUGACUAUUUUGGGUUCUAUUAAUGGAUUAAAAUAAAAGGUCUCCUUGCCUGCAAA